GUUUAUAAUCUCAAAAUUUAGUGAAAUAGGGGAUAAAUAUCUUUUGCAAGGUUAACUGAUCUUCACUCGAGUGAAUGAAUGAAUAUUACGUCAACUUCUCGGUAGACUUGAAAAGACCAUAACAGAUUCAGUAUAUAUGUUUGUUUAUCCUUAAUUUGCUUCCAUUAAUGGAGCCACUCAUAAAAAUGCAGAAGAAAUUUCCGAAGUGGGUUACCUGUAUUUGUUUCUUUUGGAUUAUAUCAGCUACAGCCGACACAAAUUCUUCAUCCGCCUCAAACACCACCAUAAUAUCCACCAUUACCAAAGGAGACAACAUCGCCAAGCCAAACUGCCCACGCCGAUGCGGAAAUCUGACAGUCCUAUAUCCUUUCGGCAUCGGCAUAGGAGGAGGCUGUGCCUUCGGUGAGUGGUUUGAGGUCAACUGCAGCACCGCCUACAAUCCUCCCCGGGCGUUCAUCGCACAGGGUAAUAUCCAAAUUUACGAUAUUUCUGAUAGUCAAAUGCGUAUUUCAAAUGUAAUGGCGAGUAAGUGCUAUAAUGAAUCCGGUGAUGUCGUGGACGAAUACACUGCGUGGACGAAUAUUACAAGGACCCCGUUCAGUUUCUCGGAAUCCAACAAAUUCACCAUGAUUGGGUGCGAUGACUACGCUUACAUGACGGGAGGCCGCGGCAGCGAGAAUUUCACUACUGGAUGUCGUUCUCAGUGUUACAGCGCCGAAACUGUAGUGGACGGAUAUUGUUCCGGCAUUGGUUGCUGCCAGACACCGGUGCCAAAGAGUUUGAAGUACUACAAUAGCAGAGUGAGUAGUUUUAAUAAUCACACAGGCAUCGCAUCAUUCAAUCCCUGCGGCUAUGCAUUUCUGGGUGAGCAGGAGAGAUUCACCUUCCGUGGCGUCGAAGAUUUUUUGGACACCAAUUUCAAGAACAGGAUCAAGAAAACUGUCCCCAUUGUUCUAGAAUGGGCACUCGAUAAUAUAACUUGUAACGAAGCUCGAUUUUCCUUGGACUAUGCUUGUAAACAGAAUAGUUUCUGUGUUGAUACAAAUAACGGUCUUGGAGGUUAUCGUUGCAAGUGUAAUGAAGGCUUCCGAGGAAAUCCUUAUCUCAGUCCCGGCUGCAAAGACAUUGAUGAGUGUGCAGAAAACAGCAACACCUGUGAAAAGAUAUGCAUUAAUACACCUGGAGGUUUUAACUGUUCUUGUCCACACGGCUACUAUGGGGAUGGCAAAAAGGAUGGACGUGGUUGCAUUGCUUAUAACUCCAAAUUUCCUGUAAUCAAGUAUUCCUUAGGUAUCGUAUUUGGGUUCUUGACAUUAGUUAUUGCAAUAAUUUGGCUAUAUAUUAUCAUCAGCAAAAGGAAACUCAUAAAACUGAGGGAGAAAUUCUUUCAGCAAAAUGGUGGUUUGUUGUUUGAACAACAGAUCUCUUCAAUUGAAGGCAACAUGGCGUCAAGGACGAAAAUAUUUACAGCAGAGGAGCUUGAAAAAGCUACGAACAACUACGCAGAUGAUCAAAUUCUAGGAGGAGGUGGUUAUGGUAUUGUCUACAAAGGAAUUCUACCUGAUAAACGUGUAGUGGCCAUUAAAAAGUCCCGAGUAACGGAUCAGAGCCAGAUUGAGCAAUUCGUUAAUGAAAUGGUUAUUCUUACACAAGUUAACCAUCGGAAUGUGGUGAAGUUAUUGGGAUGUUGUUUGGAAUCAGAAGUUCCAUUGUUAGUUUAUGAGUACGUUUCGAAUGGAACUCUUUUCCAGCACAUUAGUACUUGUGCAAUGACUUGGUUAUCAUUGGAAAAUCGUCUGAGAAUAGCCUCAGAAGCUGCUGGUGCACUUGCGUAUCUUCAUUCAGCAGCCUCUAAGCCUGUAAUUCACAGAGAUGUCAAGUCUGCCAACAUAUUAUUAGACGAACAUUACACUGCAAAAAUUUCAGAUUUUGGAGCGUCGAGAUUAAUCUCCUUGGAUCAAACUGAAGUGACAACGUUAAUCCAAGGGACCCUUGGAUAUCUUGAUCCCGAGUACUUCCACACGAGUCAACUGACAGAAAAAAGCGAUGUUUACAGCUUUGGGGUGGUUCUUGCAGAACUUUUGACAGGGAAAAAACCCCUUGAUAUGCAGAGACGCCAAGAAGAAAAAAAUCUUGCAACAUAUUUCAUCAAGUCCAUGAAAGAAAAUCGUUUGUUUUCUAUUCUUGAGCCUCGGGUUUUGAGGGAAGGAACUUUAGAGCAACUCCAAUCCGUUGCUGAACUUGUCAAGAGAUGUUUGUCCUUGGAUGGUGAAGAUAGACCUACAAUGAAAGAAGUGGCAAUGGAACUUGAAGGUUUAAGGAAAUUCACUAAACAUCCAUGGGCUAAUCAGUCUGUGCACGAAGAAAACGUUGGGUUAAUAAAAAAUCAAAGUGAAGCAUCAGAUCUUUAUACUUCUCCAAUCCCCUCAAAUGACUUGUAUUCGAUUCAAAUGGGGACUUACACUAGCACUGGGGAAUUCUCUGGACAACAUAUCUCCGACAGUUCUCGUUUGAUGUUUCCUGUAAACAGCCCUCGGUGAUAGUUCAUAGUAUACGUUCAAGUUCAGCGAUGACUUAGACCAGAGUCAAAUCAUGUGGCGUUCCUCUUCAAUACUGUACAAUCCAUCUUUCAAGUCAAGCUAUCGCUUCUUUAUUUGUUUAUGUUUCUUCUUCAUCUACAAUUUGGAUUUCUUCUUAUGAAAUCUCCUUAUUGUCCAGUGAUUAGUCUUUUUUUUGUUUUUUAACGUUUUACUAAUUUUUUUGCCUAAUGAUUAAUAUCUAAUGUACUAUUGAUUCAGUUA